AUUUCCGACCAUUCCCCCGCCAAAUUCCCCGGCGCCAAAAACGCGUGACUGACACGUCUUCACGAGACUCAAUCAAGGCGGGGAAUUAAAAGAUAUCAGGACAAAUCGAAUAGCAGAAUCAAAUUACAACAUCCUUCCACUCCCUUCCAUUUUAUUACAAAGUACGCCUCCUACCGCGACUAUGGAUGGCGACCAAUACACCUCAUAUGGUGCCCAAGGCGGCAUGGCAGGAGGGGGUUUUACAGGUGGUGAAGGAGGCAGCCAAGGAGGCAGUCAGUCAGAAGGAAAGGGCGGCGGUUAUGUGAAAAACUCACUUCGUCCUGUAACAAUAAAACAGACAUUGGAAGCUACCCAAGCACACGGAGACGCAGACUUUAAAAUUGAUGGCACGGAGGUAUCACAAUUAGCGUUCGUCGGCCAGGUCCGCGCCGUUAGCCACCUAACCACAUUCGUCACAUAUAAGCUUGAUGACGGGACGGGGGAAAUUGAAGUAAAAUUAUGGCUGGAAAAGAACGCAGUCAAUCCUACAGGAGACGAUAUGGACACGGGAGACGCUUCACGCUCUUCGGAAUCGGAGAUCCAAGUCAACGGAUACGCCAAGGUUUGGGGGAAGCUUAACAACUUCAACAAUCGACGGAAUUUUGUCGCGCAUGUCAUCCGCCCCAUAACGAGUAUGGAUGAAUAUCAUUGCCAUUUUCUUGAAGCUACAGCCAUUCACCUAUACUAUACAAGGGGCCCAACCGGUGGUCAACCUGGUGGGAAUGCGCCGCCUGGUGCGGCAAGUACGAGCGGUGGGGAUCCUCUCGGCGGAAGGACGUUACCUCCAAUGUCGCCAUUGGCACGGAAGGUGUAUGAGACUUUGAGCAAUACGCCGCAGGGGAACGAAGGACUUCACGUGCAAAAUCUGGCGUCAAUGAUGGGUUUGCCUGUUGGUGAAGUGUUCAAGGGAAGUGAAGAGCUGCUGAGCCACGGGUUGAUAUACCCUACCGUAGAUGAUAACACCUGGGCAAUUCUAGAGUAUUGAACUUGGAAUCGUACCUGUCACUUGCAUAUAUUUCUCCCGUUUUCUAUGUUUAGGUUAGUCGGGCUAGGAGAUUUUUUUUUUUUUUUUUUUUUUUUUUCGGGGGAUGUCACGGCUUGCCAACGACGCAAAGGAUAUAUGGCCCUGUAACUUACCCAUUAAUUUAUAUGUAAAAUUAAAAUAGAAUCAUAAAAUUCGAUACCCUUGAACAACAGUAGCUUAGAGUGGAGAUAUAUUUUAUCUUAAGAGUACGGA